AAAAUGCCACAAACGUAGAUAUAAAGCAUUACCCACGGCCACAAAUCCCUAAUAUUCUUACGUCAUCUCUCCGCGACGUGUAGCUGCAACCUAAACGAUAGAUGGCACCUUCUCCAGUGAACAAAAAGGAGAAUGUGGACAAGGCCAAACACCAAGAGAAGGAGAAAAUUGGGGCCACAAAAGAGGGAGCUCAGAAGGACAGGGGCAGGGUGACCGAAAAGAGACACACAGGUCGUAGCUCCACUGGAAGCAGCAGAUCAAGCUCCAGUAGCAGUCGUUCCAGCUCUGGUUCUUCCAGUGACUCCAGUUCCUCUUCCGCUUCCAGCCGGUCCAGCACCCAGUCCUCCAGCUCAUCUAGUUCUAUAGGGUUGGACCGCUCCAAUCGCAACCGACACAACAACCGUCGACACUCGCAGUCUAAAUCAAAGUUCUCAGUGAAGGAAGGUGAUCGGGAGAGACGCAGGAAGAGCCCCAGCCCCCGACCCACCAAGGUGUAUUUGGGUCGCCUCACCAGAAAUGUGGUCAAGGAACACAUCCAGGAGAUCUUCAACACCUAUGGCAAGAUUAAGAUGAUAGAUAUGCCUGCCGACAGGCUCCAUCCUCAUCUAUCAAAGGGCUACGCCUAUGUGGAGUUUGAGACAGCUGAUGAGGCAGAGAAGGCUCUCAAACACAUGGAUGGAGGUCAGAUUGACGGACAGGAGAUCUCAGCCAGUGCUGUGCUGGUGCCCAGGGUAAUAAAGCCGCCCCCUCGCAGGCAGCCCCCCUUGUGGCGACGCACCCCACCGCCCAUGAGAAGGAGACGACCUCCAGUUCACCGCAGGACUCGCUCGCGAUCCCCUGGUCGCAGACGCCGCCGUUCGCGGUCCAGCUCCAACUCCUCUCGGUAGAGGAGCCGUGAACACUUGACCUCACAGCUUUUCACCUCCUUUCAAUUUUCCAGUUCUCAACUGGAACAAGUUGGCUGUGUCAAAUUGUUACCCUGCUACUUUCCCGUCCUUCACGAUCACUUGAUCUCAUUAGGUCAGUACCGGUAAAAGCAAGAGCAGAGAUGCAUUCUCAGGUUUGUGUUAGAUACUAGAGUCAGUCUGAGCCGAGUGAAUUGAGUUGUUAACAUUUUGUUUUGCACAUAAGAUAGGAGUGCACAAUGUGUUUCAAUAUGCAACUAUUUAUUAUAUAGAUGUCUUAUUAAAGUUCAUGACUCUUAA